AUGGCUUCGAAUUUCCCUCUUCCUAUCCCGCCACGCACCCCGACACCACCAUCAGACGAGGCCGGAGAUCACAAUGCGCCUUAUAUCAAGUCAGGAGUCGCGCUUGAUCGCGACGCCUUGUCACCACUGCGCGAUACGUUUCCUAGGAGCGUAUCGCUAGACCCUGGAAACGGGGACCGUCUAAGCCCGACCAAAUCUUCAUUCAGCUUGAGCCCUGGACCUUCAGAUAAUGUCACGUCAGCACAGAAUGGCGCGAGUGACUCGACUGCCGCUGGACCAUUCAACUUCAAUACGACUGUUAUGGCAAAGGGACCAGUAGUCAAAUCGAACAUUGGACAGCGUCGUGGCCACAAAUACAAGCACAGUAGUAUCUCACACCAGAUAUUCCUCGAACCUCCCCCGCGGGCACCGUUUGCUUUGCCAAACUCGUUGCCAAUUCCAACAUUGAAAGAAUGCCGUGCUAGUAUGUCAAGGGACCAGAAGACACGCUUUUGGUGGAGUGUUUGCCACAUGUUCGUGGCGGCAUAUACACUUUGGACCGCUCAUGGGUCGCUAGCCAUGACGGCAUUAUCCCAUUUGAUUCUCUUCGACUCACUGGGGGCUCUCCUUUGUGUGGCCGUAGAUGUUCUUGGAAACUUUGAAGUAUGGAAGCGAUCUAGUAUCCGCCAUCCAUUUGGCCUGGAGCGAGCCGAGGUUCUUGCUGGCUUUGCGAUGUGUGUUCUGCUCCUGUUCAUGGGCCUGGAUUUGAUCUCUCAUAAUUUACAACACUUCCUUGAGAAGGCUGGUCACGAACCCCACCAUGUUCAUAACCAUGACCGGGUCUCUGUGGGAAGUGUCGAUAUCACAGCCGUCUUGGCUAUUUCUUCGACAUUGGUGUCUGCCAUCGGACUCAAGAAUCAUGCACGGAUUGGGAAGGCCAUGCGCUUUGCGUACAUUGAGUCUCUUCCAUCGGUUUUGAGCAAUCCGUCUCAUUUCUUGACCCUCUCCUGCUCGGCUCUCCUGCUUUUGCUGCCGUUGGUCUCGAUUCGAAUUUAUGACUGGCUAGACAAGGUCCUUUCUGGCACUAUUGCUAUCUCCAUGUGUGUUCUCGGCGUGCAUCUGGUGAAAACUCUGGGCUCUAUGCUGCUGAUGUCCUAUUCGGGCCAAGGCGUGACGGAGGUUAUCAAAGACAUUGAGGCAGACCCGGCUGUGUUUGGGGUCGAUGAUGCACGCUUCUGGCAGGUCCAUUACGGCCUUUGCAUGGCCAAUCUAAAAGUUCGUGUUGGUGGAACCGAGGACACAAUAUCUCGCCUGAGAGAGAAGAUCUCCAGCUUGAUUCGAAACCGACUCGGCGGGGGUUAUGGCACUGGCGGCCAGAAAUGGGAGGUUUCCCUCCAAUUUACCAUUGAAAGGCCCUAG